AUGAGUGACGAGACGCCUGCCGAGCGGGUGUCCCGGUUCAGAGAGCACACAAACACGACCAGCUCCAUCCGCCCCCCGCCCGACGAGCUGUGGAAGGAGGUGGGCAUCGAGUCGCUACUCGACAAAUUCCACGACGAGAACGACAGCACGCCGGCGGUGCGCAAAGCCAGCCACCCGCGCCAGAUCAUGUCCCCGACAGCCCCCGCGCAGCCUUGGACGGCCGCAGCACGCAAGGGCAGCGACGCCGCGGCCACGGUGGCGACGGCCGAAGGCACCUUUGGCCGCUUCUCGCGCGUCUUUGCCAACGUCUUCGGCGGCGUCCUGGGCAAGCGCAAGGCCGGGCACACGGACGCCGAGCCCAGCGUCGGCGCCAGCGUAGAGCAGGCCCGGCUGGACGAGCGCAAGAGGCAGGCCGAGGAGGCCUACCACAUGGCCAAAGAGCAGGGCCUGCUCCCCGCCCCCAAGCUCUUCGUCCGCCCGGGCAUGGCCCCGCGCGCCUGGUCGGCGGGUGGGUCCCUCGACGCACACUCGCCAGCAGACGAUGCUGACUCCACGCAGACACGCCCACGCGCCCCCGGCCCCCCUCACCCCGCGCACCCCCGGCAGCAUCGUCCGCUCGCCCUCCAAGAAGGACCUCAACAAGCAGAAGAGGCUCUCGAAGCGCGUCUCCAGCCUCGAGGUCAAGCUCGCCUCGGCCAAGAAGGAGCUCCAGUCGGUGCUGGGGAACGAGUGCUUCCCCGCCGUCCCUCCCUUGCCCCAGCACCUCUCCCACGCCCGCACCCACGCACGAGCGAGCCCCACGCCCAACACACCGCACCUCUUCAGCGACGACGCAAUGCCCCAGACGCCAUCCGCUGCCUUCGCCGAGGGCGCGAGUGCAAGUCUGCCCGGCAACCUCGCCAAGAAGCGCAAAUCCGUCGCCCUCGUAGACAACGACGCCAACGCCGACCUCGACAUGGACUACGCACCCACCACGACCGCCGUCGCGAGCGACCUCGACAUGUCAGACCCCGAGCCCGAGCCCAAGCCCGAGCCCCUCGCCUCCCCCGCCCCCGAGCGCCAGCGGACCAUCAAGUGCGUCAAGAGCGACGCCAGCAAGCGCCUGAAACGCACGAGCAGCCGCCUCACCCGCAAAGUAAGCAGAAACAGCGUCAAAGACAGCGACCUCGACCGCGACCGCGACGACAAAAUCAUCGUCGUCAAGCCCGGCGGCCCCGUGCCCCCCGUGCCCACCGUACCCCAGGGCAUCCCCGGGAAGAAAGUUCAAGUCGCCUCGGAUGA